AAUAGUGAUGAUUUGAGGAGCUAAUUGAAUAUUGACUAUUUGGUUCAAGGAUUGAAUCAAAUGGGACAAUAUUUGAUUUGUUAUUCGAACGUUUCAAAUGCUCGCACACCCCUACUUUUUUUUUCCACGCAUAUGCAGCUCUAGAAGAGUUGCGCAGUCAAAAGGCCGUGAAUUUUUUGUGGGGGAUUUAUUUAGAUGCAUACUGUGAUCUACAGGAAAACCAAGCAGGUGGGCGACGGUGUGAAAGAAAAGAAAGCAACGCAUGAAAUUUGCAUAGAAGCCUUCAUACAUUCAAUUUAUCACUGUUGGGGCACCUGAUAUAUCGAAAAUGACUGGAUAUGAUGCGAGAAAAAUGGAAUGGAUUGGUGAAGGACUAUGCAAUGACAUAACAUGUAAUUGCAAGAAUGACUGCAGUGUGCAUUGGAAACUCACUUUCAGGUUGACUUUAAAGAAAGUAAAGACAAUCGAGUAACACAUUCCAUUCUGCGAUUGUAUGAGGGAAGACAGAAUUUUCAUAUUCGUUGGAGCUUGUGAAGCAAAGGAGCACAUUCUGUGCAUGUGUUUAUACGCAGGUAGAGAACUGUUCCAUGUAGCCAUGUGCGUCGAUGUUUAAUAGCCCGUUUAGAGGGCGUACAGAACGCUUUGAUAUUUUUAUUUCUCGUCUCGUCUCUAAUGUAGGAAUGUUGUAUUCACGCACAAUACUAGUUAGUGAAUGCAUUGACCUAUAUUAAAGCUAUAUCAUACUUGGGCCUAGGCAGAUAGCCACUCACCCUUUCUACGGCAUGCUGUCUUGUCGUUAAAAAGCCAAAGCCAGUUUCUUGGAACCACGUUCAACACUUCCAUUUAAAUAGCGGUGCUUGUGCAGGUCGUCAUGUGUAGGUUGCAUAAAAUCUAAACUGCUUUAGUAGUGCCAACAAUAGUAGGGCUUUAGGACUUGUGUAAGCUUCCCUUGUAAUAAUGCACCACCUGUUGCAUGACCUGUUGCAAAUCACUUACAUAGGAGCAGUCUUUAAAUGUGUGUGCUUUCUUCUUGUCAAUUCUACAACAAUAGUCCGGGAAGAAACGGUGGAUCUGAAAGAAAUUGCAAACAAAGUGGCCUGUAAGUGCUAAUUUUGUCUGGAUGUUUAGACUGCCUUGCGCAAGUUGGAGCAACUACAUGUAGGCAGUGCGGGGCGGCAUGCGAACUUUGAAGAAUCUGAAAUCCGACGCAUCGUAAACACGCGAAAGUUAUGCGCAUAAGCGAAUUCCUUGCAGUGCAGAGAGUGACCCUAGAAAUAAAAAAAAAUGCGCUGCAGCGAUUGGCGUGCCAUCUUUAGGUGCGGUGGGUACUGGUAGCGUGAAUUUUCUCUUGUAACUAUUAAGCUGCAAGAAAAAAAAAAAAGAAACGCGUGCGCGUGGGUAAAAGUGACAACAUACACACUUUACUCUUUAUAGAUUCCGCCAAGCCACAAUCUUGCAUAAAAUAUUGGGCAUCGCGGAAGCGAUUGUAGCGUCGCGUCACAGCGCAGCGGAGUUCAUCGCCAUAAAUUUUGGCAGGGAUGGCGGAGUGGUUGUAGUGUAUCGAGCACGCCUGAAGGUGUGCGUGAGAGAGAGAAGACAAAACCUACGCGCCGAAGGCGAGAGAGCGGGGCCUCGCCGGCUGCUGCUGACUGCAGGCUGGCAAGGCCUGGCGGCCCCGUUGGCCUGGCAACCAGUUUUCGCCCUUGCCCCCGUCUCCUCGAUUUCUACGGCGUGUCUUGCGCGCUGUUUUGUGUCUAUUUUGAUGCACGACGGCGCAGCGCCGCGGUCUAGUGCGGCAGGAUCCGCAAGAGCACGACGGCAGCAGCACCCGCCACCGGGUCUGCAUCACCAGUCAGCUGAGAGACCUGUCGGGGUGAAGCCGUCGCGUUUGUGGUAGUACGACGCCGCCUGCCUAAAUUGCUCUGUCGCGAGACGAUCGGCGGUUCGCUGCCUCGUCGUACAUCUGUGAUCGUCGGGGCUGCGGUUUCGGCCGAGGUGUUCAAUUCCGAGAGCCGGAUAAUGAUAUGGGGCUCGAUGACACGCUGGUAUGGUAUCAGAAAAAGAUUGGUGCAUAUGACAAGGAUAUAUGGGGCAGAAAUUUAGAGCAGCGUAUCCUAAGAGGGGUCAAUGCGAUACCUAAAAAGACUGCCAGGAUUAAGGCAGAGCUUAUCGACAUUGACUUAGUUCGAGGUUCUACAUUCAAGAAGUCGAAGCCACAGAACAGCUGGCUCGCAUUAGCAACCAAUGGAGUCGUCAGAGUUUUAUUAUUUCCUCUCUACUAUAGCUGGUGGAAGCAGCAGACGAGCGGGGGUAUCUGCGUGUUUCUUCUCGUCCUUUACUUUCUACAACUGGGCUCUCUCUGCCUGCAUUCAUCGCAAGAUGAUGCUCUCAUCGCGGAAAACACGCUGACGGAGGUAUUGACGCCCAUAGCCAUGAUGUUGGUGCUGGGGAUCAUGCAUGCUCAAGUCGUGGCCACAUACACCACCAAUGGGCAGCUGAAACCCAUGCAGAGGACCAAAGUAAGGAAGAGGCCAAAGCGUAAAGUCAGGUCACGCAGCAACUACGAAGGAAAGUCCUCUCCCGGGACAGCAUCCGAAGACAAGCCCGACAGCUUGUGGUCUGAGUUCCAAGCCAACCGUACAUCCUGCGGGUCUGCUGCUGAAAACAUGAGCCAUCCAGUCAGAAACUCAAGCCGAAUCUCCAUUGUUGGUGGAUCCAACAUGCAGAACAACCAUCCCGACAGAGAUGUGUUUCGACACAUGGAGGACCGAAAGAAUUCAGACGAAGAGAGCGGUCUCGAGAGUCUCUCGAACCACAAUGGCCCCGAGGAACAGUAUGUGCCCCAGGAAGUCCAGGACAAGCUGUCGAGCUUCAUAGAGCCAAGCGGCGGCUGCAGCCACUCCGUCGUCCCGGAAGUCAAUGGCCAAGCCACGGCUGCCAAGAGAGAGCCCAGCUCUGACGAUGAAGAGUUCUUCGUCGCCAGAAAGCAGCGUUCCCGAAGCCAUGACAUUUGCCAAGAGGCCAGCAGCGUGACUGGUUUCCCAACUCAGUGGUGUGCGGCCACGCCAAUUGACGCCAGUCCCCACCGCUGCCUCAGCAAGGAGGCGGUGGGCCCCGGCCUGCUCAGCCGGAUGUGCAUGGAAGACGAUGAGGAUGACGACGACAAGCUGGAGCCUCAGCGACGCCGCUCGUCACCCCCCGACCUCCCUCCCAAGAAGACGGUGAAGCCCGGCCUCCGGAACCGUCGCAUGUCGGCGAGCGUCUUUCCCACGCUGCCGUCGAUCCGUCUGGCGCGGUGUGACUACAACAGCUCGUGCGACUCCGACAAGGACACCACCGUCCCCAACACCCCCACCAAGCGACCGGCAUCGGAUAUUGAAUGGCCCCUGCUUUCAAACACCGACUGCAAUGGCUAUACGUCAAGUUCCGAAGGGCUCGACGGGGACGAGGAAGAUGUUCCUGAGGAUCCAUUUGGGUUGGACGGUGCAGAGAAUUCUGGUCCAUUAGCUGGGGGACAGGCCAGCCUUGACAAAGUAAGCUGCACGAUAUGGGAAAACGGAGAGUGCAAGAAGGUCGACCUGUCUGUGAUGGACAUUGCAUCUGCCAUAGUCCACAAGGUGGAUUGCCUGAUACAUAGUGGAGAGUAUGUCCUGCUAGGACUGAUGCUGACAGCAGUGACCGCCACGUUGCCACUGCUGUUUAGGCUGCAAAGCUCAUCAGCUUUAGAAAAUGUUCAGCUAGACUCGGACGGCCUCGUGUUGGGGCUUCCGCUUGAAGUGCGCAAGAUUCCCGAGGUGAUACAAGAUGUUCUCAACCAGUCCCGAUGGAGUGUUUCGUCCACGCUUCUGACAAUCUCUCUGAUUGAACGCUUCUUUCUCGGAGCCGUGUUUUUCUUCCUGCUGUCAGUUGCCGAGAGAACCUUCAAACAGAGGUUUCUCUAUGCCAAGUAUUUCUGCCACCUUACUUCAGCAAGAAGGGCACUGCGUUCAGAUCUCCCACAUUUCCGGCUGAACAAAGUGCGCAACAUAAAGACCUGGUUGUCAGUGCGCUCCUACCUCAAGAAACAUGGCCCCCAGAGAUCAGUAGAUGUGAUUGUGUCCACAGCAUUCAUCAUUGGUGUUUGCAUCCUGUCCUUCCUCUGCGUGCAGUGGCUUAAGGAGAACGAGCAGUUUGCCGAGCGUCUCUACUGCUGGGAGAUGGUCUGCUGGAGCAUGGCCCUCGGCAUCUUCCUCAUGCGCUUCAUGAUCCUCGGCUCCAAGAUCAACAAGAAGUACCGCAACCUCUCGGUGCUCAUCACUGAACAGAUCAACCUCUACCUGCAUAUGGAGCAAAAGCCACAUAAGAAAGAAGAGCUCAUGCUUGCCAACAAUGUGUUGAAACUGGCUGCUGAUCUACUCAAGGAGCUGGAGAGUCCGUUCAAGAUUUCGGGUCUCUGCGCAAACCCCUACCUGUACAACAUCACCAAAGUGGUCUGCCUCUCCGCGUUCUCGGCUGCACUUACUGAGCUGUUCGGCUUCAAGCUGAAGCUGCAUAAAAUCAAAAUCAAGUGAACGCGAAAGCACCAGAUUGUUAGCUAGAAUGUCUCAAGCCCCCACUCUGGACGAAAAAAGGUAGCGGCGAUUCGCGAUGAAGUGUGUGUAGGAUUGGCAGCAGCUUAGAUGCUAGGCUGUCACCACCUAAGUUGUGAACCACCCCGUAUCGUCCUCGACAGCGAUGUCAUGUCGAAACGUACAAAAGACCAAGCCUCAUUUGCCUCACUAGGCCCCCCUCAUGUCAUUUCAACGUGCGGGCUCAUCCCGACGGUCUUUUUUUUUUUAGUAGAGCACACGGUCCUGCCUCCAGGCACAAAUCACGGCUACAACUCAACACAAACCAAAGUUAGGCUUCCUUGCAUAUCCAUGUAGGCUCUCUAAAUCCUUUGGUUGUAGCUGGUCUCCUAGAGAGAGAGCGAGAGAGAGAGAGAGAGAAAAAAAUGAAAGGUUGUUUUGCCGUAAUGUGAAGAAUGCUGCAUCUCAUGUGAAAUCUCAUUCGCCCGUAGCUAGUGUUAUCUAUGCCCUUGUCACACGGGAAUAUUUAAUGUCGUAUCUAUAGAAUGCCAUUCACAUUUAAUGUUUUUAGUUCACUGCUAUGCAGGGAUAUUUAGUGUCACUGGUUGAAAAACAACAUUUCCAAUUGUGUGUCAAGAAACUGCUUUCAUUUUUUCCAAUGUGCGUUGAACAUUUGAUUCACAUUACUACAGAUUGAACUAAUGCACGGUCUCCAUGGGACGGUGAUUGUGAAAAAAUACAAAAAUAAUGGAAAUCAGCACAAUGUAUGGUUGCAGUCGGCCAGUUUUAAUGGUUUAUUGUGAUGUCAUUUUAUUAACCAGAAUACUAGUGCAGGCUUUGUGGUCAGCGACUCCACAGAUGUGUUGUAGUCUGCCGUAUUGGCUAUCCCUGCUAAGUUCAGGUCUUGUCUUGACUUAGCAUUGACAAGCACUGCUUGAUUACGUACAAAACAAGAUUAAAGUGCCUCAGAUGAUUUAUAUGGGUAACUAAAAUGAAGUUUAUUAUUGUAUUACAUAAAUAUUGCCGGCUUUUCUUUUGCGACUUUUAUUGUUUGUCUCAUCGCUGUAUCUGUUCUACACAAAUAUUUGUCGUGUAGCACAGCGUGAAACAUAAUGCUAUUUUAUGCAUCAGAUAUAGUUAGUAACAAACAUCAUUAAAUUCUCCCGUGAAACAGAGGUAUGUUAUGCUUAUUGGUUGUCUCGCAGGGUAGUAAGCUGGGAGCGAUGAAAGUUUGUCAUGUUCCAUCGAUUGGGGCAACUCCUGCUAGAUUUGGCAAGAAAUGUCAUGUUCGUUGGAGCCUAGUUUUUUCCAACACCUUGUGAACCGUGCAAUGCUUACCUUAGCCCGAUCCCAUGGGCCACUCUCUCCUUGACCCAAAUUGAUAAAGACAUUGCUGUGUUGCUCAUAAUUCCUCGUCGUCGUAAGAGAGAAGUUGUGGUAUUUUUUAAACUUAUACACACACACACCUCAUUUUUUGCAGCAUUAUUUUUUGCCUUCUCUUUAUUGAUUUUAAGGUAUCUGUCAUGCUUAGGUGUGUUCUAGGGGGGAGGGAUUGCAGUUUCCCAUUGACUUAAGAUUGUUCAAAAUGGACGAUGACACCAGAUGUGGCGCAGUAUAAACAUGGGAAGGCUGGUGGUCGUGUUCCUGUGCCCUGGUUUUCGUUGAAUAAAAUGCUGUUUUGGCACAAACUCUUA